CGCUCCCGACUGCGCGCCCCCGCGACUGCUGCGAGAGGAGCUGUCGGCAGUGAGAUCAUGGGAGAGUCCACGCUGGGAGAAAGUAGGUUAGCAGGGUAGACUGAGAGGAAAGCAAGCGGAGAGUCAGAUCGCAGAGGGGGGGCGCAGAACACCUCUCGUCCACCGUGGGACUAUUCUGUCAGAAAAAACAAAGUUGAGCCAGAUCUUCUCGCCGAGGCUGGUACGAUGCGAAUCAAAGCGACUUUCUGCACUCUUACAUUUCGUUCGGACUUGACCGAGCGAUAGAGGAGUUUCAGGGUAGUUUUUUCCCCCCGUUCUUUUCUGUUGGGUCGUGCUUUACGAGAGCUGUCUGCAGCCGGGACGAAGUUAGUAUUUACAGAGCCACCUCACUCUGGCUCCAGCGCGUAAUUCUCCUCUGUCCUGUCACCUACAUUCAACCACAUGCAGCCGAGUUUUUAUCGUCCAGCAUAGAAAAAGAAAACAUCAAAAUGAGAGCUCAGAUCGAGGUCAUCCCCUGUAAGAUCUGUGGGGACAAGUCCUCAGGAAUCCACUAUGGAGUCAUCACCUGCGAAGGCUGCAAGGGUUUCUUCCGUCGCAGUCAGCAGAACAAUGCCAUGUACUCUUGUUCCCGCCAGAGGAACUGCCUGAUCGACCGAACUAACCGUAACCGCUGCCAGCACUGCCGUCUACAGAAGUGUCUGGCUUUGGGCAUGAGUAGAGAUGCGGUUAAGUUCGGUCGUAUGUCUAAGAAACAGCGUGACAGCCUCUACGCUGAGGUGCAGAAACACCAAAAGUCCCAGGAGUGUGCGGGCUCUGGAGGCGGGGGCUCUACAGCUCUGUCCUUGCCCAAGGAGGACGGUGUCUGUGGCAGUGGCAGGGAGGACUGUGAAGAGGGUCUGAGUCGGUCCUAUAGCACCGGGGGGUCCAGCUCCACUCUCAGCGACCUGGAUGACAUUGCGGCACUGCCUGACCUAUUUGACCUCCCGCUGACCCCUGAGGAGGCGAGCGAGUACUGCAGCCUGGAGCUGCUCGGCGGAGGGGCCAGCACCGGGAACACCUCCAACUCAUCGUCCUCUUCUUCCUCUUCCUCAUCCUUGUCCAAUCAGAAUUCCCCACAGCAGACGAUGCUGGACGGCGCAGACGGCAAUGGGAUCCAGCUCCUGCAUACACACUCUCACACACAUGCGCUGCUGGAACACACACAUGCACUGCUGGACCAUCUGCCUGAUGACUGCUCAAUAACAGACCUCGAGCGCAUCACUCAGAGUAUUGUUAAGUCUCACUUGGAGACGUGUCAGUACAGCGCUGAAGACAUGAAGAGAUUCACCUGGGCACAAUACACACCGGAGGAAACGCGUGCUUUUCAAAACAAGUCAGCUGAGUGGAUGUGGCAGCAGUGCGCACACCACAUCACCAAUGCCAUUCAGUAUGUGGUGGAGUUUGCCAAACGCAUUGCAGGCUUCAUGGACCUCUGCCAGAAUGAUCAGAUUAUAUUGCUGAAAGCAGGCUGUCUGGAAGUCCUGCUGAUACGUAUGUGCCGAGCUUUCAACGUCAACAACAGCACCAUUUUCUUCAAUGGGAAAUUUGCCCCGGCACAGUUCUUCAAAGCACUUGGUUGUGAUGACCUAGUAAGUGCUGUGUUUGACCUCGGAAAAGGACUCUGUCGUCUACAGCUGUCUGAUGAAGAGAUGGCUCUGUUUAGUGCUGCCGUCCUUCUAUCUCCUGAUCGGACCUGGCUAACAGAAGGCCAAAAGGUUCAGAAACUCCAGGAGAAAGUCUACCUGGCUCUGCAGCACAGUCUACAUAAGAGUGGUGCUUCUGACGAGAAACUGGACAAGAUGGUGUCCAAGCUGCCCAUAAUGAAGUCUAUCUGUAACCUCCACAUCGAUAAACUUGAGUUUUUCCGUUUGAUCCACCCAGAGACCGCAUACAGUUUCCCACCACUAUACCGGGAAGUGUUUGGCAGCGAGAUGUCCCUGCCGGACUCCACCGACAGUUAGAUGCACAGAUAGACAAACAAGAGAGAGAUGGAGAGCAUGUAUUAAGAGGUAGGGAAGCGAAAGGAGAGACAGAGUAGGAAAGAGAUGUUGAAGCUCAACAACCAGCAGUUAAAGAGACAAUCCAGGACUAAAAACUCAGUCUCCCAUGAUCCCAAAGUAGUCCUCUACUUUCCUAGCAGCCAAAAGCACCUUACACUACACAUGCUCAUGCCCUCUGCAUAUUGUAGCAUUAACAACAAGCGAAUGGGCGUCGUAACACAGCAGCCCACUAAGCAUGAGACUCCAAGCUCUAACACUUGUUGAACAUCAGAUCCACUGUGGAUCACCCAACCAGUUAUGAAUGUACCUCAUCGAUAAGCACCAGUGCACAAGCCAGAGAACCUAACAGUGAAUGUACAACCCUGCUACUCUGAGACAGAGUUUUACACACAGUAUUAGAAUUAAGUUGUGUUGAUCAACCGGUCUCACUAUUAAUAUAGUUCCCGGUCAAUAUUUCUCUCAUCUCAGUAUGAUACGCAUGCGUACUCAUACAGACAAAACCUUUGUACUGACCAUCACUUAGGGACCAAGAUCAUGAGUCAUUUACUCUGCUAUAAAAAAACAAGCACACAGAUAUGACUCACGGCUAAGGCUGAUUUCUUUAAUCACCUGAGAACCAGUUUCACACAGACACACACACACAUGCACACACACACACACACAUCUAGCAGGUGCUGCCUCUUUGUAGGCUCUUAAUAAUGCAAUGAGAAACCUCAGUCCCACACACCCCUUCCCUUGUAAAUGCCACUUAGAGACAGGAUAAGAUGAAAUUAUCUUUAAUUUAUAUACACAUUUAUAAACAAAUAUUUUAAAUAAGAAUGUAAAUAGAUGACUAUAUAAGUAUAUGGAGAGAGUUAGAAUGUGUGAGAGAAAGGGAGAGAGAAGUGAGAUGUAGAGAGGAAGGAGCGAUGGAUACUUCGACAAAGGCUGAUAUUUGGACUCAGAGCUUUUUCUGGACUAUUUUCUCUCUUGACAGUACUCUCAGGUUUCCAUGGCAACAGCCCUCACUUGUCCUGACGGCGAACUAACCCAACUGGGUGGUUAGGUGCGGCCAUCACACAAGCGAUGGGGUGGACACUUGUUGCCAAUGUGACACAGCAGGGGAGGCAGUGUACCCGAACUAAGGCGAAAUGACAUUGCCUUUGCGUUUAAACUGAAAGCUUUCAGACUGCGCUGUUGCUCCCCACCCACCCAACUCCCCCAAGAGGACACUAAGGAAAAGAGAAAGCAAGGCAAAAAUAUGACUUCACAAACUGUAUAAUAAGAGAGGAUCUCCUCACCUGUUUCUAACCAGCAGUCAGUACAGUAGUCGUGGUAUAACUGUCUUUCACUCAUAAUGUUUCAGUUGACCGGAACGUCGAUGAUCCACAAUAUGUAUCAUAAAUCCUCCUCGCUGGUUGGAGCAAUUGUAUUAUUUUGUACAUUUGCUGUUCCUCUCUCCUUUAGACCCCAACACUUCCGAAUACCAAGCACUUAUACUUUCCUUUUUUUCACUGGACACUAGUCUAAGGCCAGACAGAGCUACCAGCUUCCCCCCUGAGUUGGGCCUCAAUGCCAGUAAGACUUAAUCUGUUUUUAUUAUUUUUGUUGUUUUGUUCUGUUUUAUCUGUCACGCAAGGUCAUUCAUAACUGUUUACAUUUUUCAUGUACAUAAAUAACACGCUUUCUGAAGGUUGUUAUAGCAUCGAUGAUGAUGAUGAUGAUGAUGAUGAUGAUGAUGUCUUACUUGGGGUGCUGUGAAGUUUUUGAGCAGAGUCUGUGAGGACCUGCUACCUGCCACUCAGGGAGCUAGCUGUGAUCUCCUGUCCCUUUAUUACCAGUGUCGUCUUUUAGCCUUGUGCUCCUCACACCUUUGCACCUAAGAUGAGACCCAUAACCAUAAUCACUGUGGACGUAAGUUCUAUUUUUGUGAAUGUUACUCACAGAGUGUCAAAGCCCUUCCCGUUUGUCCUAAUAUUGUAACAUGAAAUUUCAAGAACAUAAGAAUUUAAAAAAAUAAUAAUAAUAAUCAGUUAGACUUAAAGAUGAAUUUCGUUAUUGGGAUUUUAAUGUUUCUUUUGCUGUGAUUUGCAUUUAUUUGUCAGUCUUUUAUCCACCUUUUUCUUUAAGUGUCUCCACUUUUGUCUUGUAAAGUCAGUGAUCUAUUUUUUUUAAUUCAAGAAAGAUUAGGAAAAGAUAUAAACAAAAAAGAAUAGUUUGUCUCCCUUCUCUUUCCCUAUAUGACAAAAUGUACAACAGGUAUAUUACUAGUCCAAGAGUAACUGAGUCACACAGCGCGAUAUAUAUUGUUGUCCGAUGGGAUACAUUAUAUGUGAGUUUAAGAAUGUAAUAAAUGGUUUCUUUUUCUUUUGAA